UGAUCUUCUAUCUUUUUACUUGUUCAUUCAGUUACUGUCUGCAAUACCCGAUUACAACAACUGUUUUCUUCGAUGGCAUUGACUUUGAGCACCAAUAGAGCCUCGGCAUCUUUUCUUUUCAAUGAAUCAGCUCCUCGAUGGAAGUAUGAUGUGUUUUUGAGUUUCAGGGGUGUAGACACACGCAAGGGUUUUGUAUCCCACUUACACCAUGAAUUGUCCAAGUGCCAAGGAAUUACGACUUUCAUGGACGAUCGAGAGCUUCAAGGAGGAACAAGUAUUCAUCUUGCGCUACCAAGUGCGAUCAAAGAAUCGCAUAUUGCAAUUGCUGUUCUCUCACCAAACUAUGCUUCUUCCAAAUGGUGCUUGGAUGAACUUACAACCAUUCUUCAAUGCAUGGAAGCCAGGAACUCAGUUCUGCCGGUCUUUUAUCAGACAGAUCCAUCUGACGUCGGAAAUCAACGGGGAUGUUUUGCCGAAGCCUUCGCGGAGCAUGAAGAAAAGUUGAUCAGUAUCGAAGGCAAAAAGAAGGUGCUCCAAUGGAAAGCUGAUCUAAAGCGAGUGUCCAAAAUUUGUGGUUGGACUUCGAAGGAAUCUAAGUGUGAAAGUGAGCUUAUACAAAAAAUCGUCAAAAGUGUGUGGAGGAAAGUGCAAGCUACACUCCCGUUGUUAGAUUCCUCACAAAAAUUAGUUGGGGUUAAUUUUGGGCUUGGGCAACUAAGUUCUCUAUUAGCUCAUGAUGUCAAUGAUGUACGCUUUAUAGGGAUAACGGGGAUGGGUGGCAUAGGUAAGACAACCCUUGCUAAGCUUGUUUAUGAUAGAAUCUUUCAUCAUUUUGAAGUUCACUGCUUUCUCGGCAACCUUAGAGAGGUUUCUAAUGUUGAUCUUCAAAAAAGACUUCUUUUCCCGGUGUUGAGGGAAAAGAUUGAAGAAAUUUGGGAUGAAGAGCGCGGAAUCAUUUUCACUAAGAAGUGCUUGCGCAACAAAAAAGUUCUUCUUGUACUUGAUGAUGUGGAUCACAUAAACCAGCUACAAGUACUAGCUGGAAAGGAAGAUUGGUUUGGCAUGGGAAGUAGAAUUAUCAUUACAACUAGAAAUGAACGUCUGCUAGUCCAGCAUGACAUAACAUUAUGUCAUAAUGUCAAAGUGUUAGAUAAAGGCGCAGCUCUUGCACUGUUUAGCCUUCAUGCCUUUAAGAAAAAUCUGCCUAAGGAUGGGUUUUGGGAACUGUCAACGUAUUUCAUUAAUUAUGCUGGAGGCCUUCCAUUAGCUCUUGAAACCUUGGGGUUAGCAUUGUUUAAGAGAAGGCUAGAUACUUGGAAUAGUGUGUGGGAUAAUCUGUCAAAAAUUCCUAAUCCAGCAAUUUUUGAUAAACUUAAAAUAAGUUAUGAUGGACUAGAAGAGUGGGAGAAGAGAAUUUUUCUCGACGUUGCAUGUUUCCACAAAGGGAAGUACACGAAUGAAGUAAUUAAAAUGCUAGAUAAUUCUUUUGGAAUCUCUAGUAGUAGUAUGAUAGAUGUACUAAUUGAGAGAUCUCUCAUCUAUCAAGAUCAUGAAAAAUGCAUACGAAUGCAUGAUUUGAUUCAAGAAAUGGCAUGGACAGUUAUUGUUCAAGAGUCUAAAGAGCCUGGUCAACGUAGUAGGUUGUGGCUUUACAAUGACAUUGAUCAUAUAUUUACGACGAAUACGGGAACAGGAGCAAUUGAAGCCAUAUCCUUACGCCUGCUCAAAGUAGAAGAGGUACGCCAGUGGAAUUGCGAAGCCUUCUCAAAGAUGGAUGGACUGAGGUUUUUGGAAUUCGAUAAUUUGAUAUUUUCUUCAGGCCCCAAAUUUCUUCCAUGUUCCUUGAGAAUUAUAAAUUGGAGUUGGUAUCCUUCUAAUUUUCUUCCAACCAACUUUCGCCCGCACUUGCUUGCUAAACUUGAGAUGCGUAAUAGCAAUCUUGUUCGUCUAUGGGAGGGAAAAAUGGACUUACCCAACUUAAAACAUAUUGAUAUUAGCAAUUCCUAUAAAUUGAAGAGUAUCUCAGAUUUCAGUGGUAUUCCAAAUCUUGAGAGGUUGAUCCUUCGGGAUUGUAAAAAUUUAGUUGAGAUACACCCGUCUAUUGCAAUCCUCAAAAGACUUAAACAUUUGCUUCUUAAUGGCUGUGAAAGCAUUAAUAGCCUUCCAAGUGAGGUUGAAAUGGAUUCUCUUGAGACUUUCGAUCUUGAUGGCUGCUCAAAUGUGAAAAAGAUUCCAGAAUUUGGGGAGCAGAUGAAGAAUGUAUUGCGGAUUCACUUAGAUGGGACUGCGAUUGAGAAAAUACCUUCAUCAAUUGGACAUCUGGUUGGCCUCAAGGAAUUGCAUGUAAGGAAUUGCAAAAAUCUCUUGAACCUUCCAAGGGCGAUUUGUAAUUUGAAGUCUCUUAGAUAUCUCAGUGCGAGUGGAUGCUCAAAGAUUGACCAACUCCCAGGAGACAUGGAUCACUUAGAGGCGCUUUGCUGGGGACCCACUAUGACAGAGCCGCUUGUGAGCAUGAAAAAUCUCAAACGUCUAGUAUUUAAGACAAAUUCUGACAUAGCCGCUUGUGGAUCGGAUGGUAAAGCAAGGGAUGGGUGGGGCCUUCGCCGCUUAUUUGGACUUGAAAAGAGUCACCCUGAUCCUCCUCCUUGUUGGCGUUUGGUGUUGUCUUCUCUAAGUCAUUUAUGCUCUUUGACAGAGUUAUCUCUAGAGAAUUGUAAUCUCCGGGAGGGGGAUAUCCCCGAUGAUAUUGGCUGCUUGUCCUUACUGGGAGUAUUGUAUCUUAGUAGAAAUAAUUUCGUCAGUCUACCUGAAAGCUUUAGACGCCUUUCUAAACUUUUCAGUCUUGAUCUGGAGGGGUGUAUAAGCCUUCAAAAAUUGCCUCCUCUUCCAUCAAACAGAGGACUAAGAGUAAAUCUGGACAAUUGCACUUCCUUACGAAGGUUGUCAGGUCCAUCCAGUUUUUAUGGUGAUUAUGUCACUUGCCGGAAUUGCAUUGCAUUGGUUCAAGAUGAAGACUUGAUUAAUAGGAUUCUAAUAUUUGUCAUUGAGGGAUUGAAAGUUGUAAUCCCUGGAAGUGAAAUUCCAGAGUGGUUCAGUAAUCAAAGUGUGGGACAUUCAAUAAAUGUGGAGCUUCCUCCACCAUCAUGUACCAACUGGCUUGGGAUUGCCUUCUGUGUUGUUUUUCAAGACCCUAAGCAAAACUUGGCAAAUCCAGCUGCCCUUUGUCAUUAUGAUAGAUUCGAAAUUUGGUAUUCAGAUGCACAUUUUAGCCAUAGAGUUUUGAUCAACCGCAUAGGGUCUGUUGCGUCAGAACACCUGUGGGUAUUUUAUCUGCGUCGUUAUAGAAAUCAACGUCGUGAAGAUUGUCUUCAGGAACAGUGUUUAUUCGAAACUUAUUUUUUUGAUAUCGAGGGACAACUAAAGGCAGACUUGAAUAUGGUGAAGAAGUGUGGGGCUCGUUUGGUGUACGAGCAAGAUUUGAAAGAACUCAACCAAAAACUACUGAAACGAACACGCGAAUAUCGUGACAAGGCAGCUCCAAGUGGACCUGGAAGUGUUAGCUUCAACGACACAGAAAAAAUUUGCAAAAGGCGUUGUAACUAGUCACCAUGUCACAAAAAAUGCAAGUAACCAUCGAUUUAUCACAUUAGCUUAAUUGUCAUCAAAAUUAUUUUUUGUUUCGACAUCUUAGUUAAUGUAAUCAAUCUCUCGAGCUAUAUAUUAAGAUGGCUAUAUUUACUGAAAUGCAGAGUGGAUAAGAAUGUUGAUGUAUAAACACUUUUGCAGAUUACUUGGGCAUUAAGAAGAUUGAUUAA